AUGUCUGACAUUGCUAAAUCACUUGAACGCCCUCCUAUGUAUCCAACAAAGUACUUUGGCUGCGAGCUGGGCGCUCAAACAAAUUAUGACGCGAGAAACGAGCGUUACAUCGUCAAUGGUGAACACGACGCAGCGAAGCUGCAAGAUAUCCUGGAUGGCUUUAUCAGGAAAUUCGUACUCUGUCCAGCAUGUGAAAAUCCGGAAACUGCUCUGUCAGUGCGGCGCAACCAGAUUCAUAGCAAGUGCAAAGCAUGUGGUCAUGCGUUUAUUAUCGACAGUCGUCACAGAUUAUCAACGUACAUUCUGAAGAACCCGCCGAAAGUUGAAGUGGACUUCUCCAAAGACAAGCAGCAGAAUGGUAAUGGACAUGUGAAAGAAGACGAGAUCGGUGUGGAUUCAAAUGGAGAUAAGAACAGCUCGAAUGAUGAUGACGACGAUGACUGGGCACCGGAUGAGGAAGAAGUACCGAACACGAAAUUAGCCGCUGGUAUAGGAAAGCUUGUAAUCGACAAGGAUCUGGACAAGAGUAUUGAAGAACGACUGGAUAUGUUGCAUCGUUUCUUCGUUGAGGCAAAAGAGAAAGGAACAAUUGGCGAUGGAAAGGCGUUGGCCGAUGAAGCUGAGCGUCUGGAAUUAAAGCAGAAAGCUCCGCUUCUUCUUGCCGAUGUGCUCCUCGAUCAGGACAUCAUUAAGGAUGGAUUGGCGCAGCUAAAGAAUAAUAGAAGGGUGUUACUGAGAUUUACAUUGGGGGACAGAAAGGCGCAGCGUUACCUUUUGGGUGGAAUUGAGCAACUAAUCAUCAAGCAUGAGGCAGUUCUACUGCCGAAAGCCGCGCACAUAAUUAAAGGACUCUACGACAACGACAUUUGCGAAGAGGAGGCAAUACUUGCGUGGGGUGAAAAGCCGUCCUCGAAGUAUGUUUCGAAGACACAAUCGAAGAAAAUUAUCCAGAAAUGUGAAGCUGUCCUCACUUGGCUUAGAGAAGCAGAAGAGGAAGAUGAUGAUGACGAGUCCGAUGAUGAGAUCGACUUUGACGAUCGUAAUCAGAAGACGAGUGUCUAUGCAGAGAAAGCCAAGGCUGAAGCAGCGAAGGAAAUCAAAGUGGAAGGUGAAGAUGGUACGGAAAUCGAUAUCGAUGAUAUUUAA